GUAUGGGUGGUCGGGGGUGUGGGUAACCUGACUUUGGAGGAAGUCACCGACGGGACAUGGUGGGCUUUCCGUCUGUCUUCCAUCCCUCACGACGACGGGAGAAGGGCUCGUCGGCGGUGGUCAACAUGGUUCGCAUGUCGGCUUCGUUUGGUACUGGUCAAGCUGUGCCGACCACGGCGGAGUUUGCCCGCAAGGCCGGCGUGCCCGAGGUCGCCAUCCAGCGCAAGCAGCGCAAGAUCUCGCGUGCUACCGUCAUCCUUGCCCUUGUAGGCCUUGGUCUUGCAUGUCUCUCGCACGAGAUCGAGCACGCCCACGAUGGACAACCCACUUUCAUCUCCACCAUCCUCAAAGCAUUUGUCUCGCUCUCCACGAUCGGCCUGCUCUGGACUGUGUACUCGUACUUUAGCCUCGCACAUCGUCUGCUGCGGCUGAAGGAUCUGACGCCGGCGUCGUCAACGGUCUUCACCUCGCCGCUCGCUGUCUCGUGCGCGUUUGAGAUGGUAAUCUGUGCCGUCCACGCCGGCCCGUUCCUGGACCUACCCGCGGUUCAGCGGAUCGACUACGACGUCAUGCGCGAGCGGAGCGACUCGGAAGUCCGCAUCCGCUCCCCAUCCUCAUCCUCAUGUUUCUCCGCGCCUAUCUUAUCCCGCGCUACAUUCGCGAUCACUCGUUCCUCUUCCGGCGCGGCUCGCAGUUUAUCGGCGCGCUCUCCGACGUCGAGUUCUCCAAUCUUUUUGUGCUCAAGACCAUCCUCGAUGCCCACCCAUACUCGGUCGUCGCCGGCUUGCUCUCGACCCUCGUUGCGGUUCUUUCGUACAUUGUCCACAUUGCCGAGCGCAUCGACAAUCCGCAGCACGCCCAGUUUGGCGACUCGAUCUGGUUUCUCGGCAUCACCCUCGUCACCGUCGGCUACGGCGACAUUGUCGUCACCACGCUCUCCGGCCGCAUCUCCGCCUUUGUCACUGCCCUCAUCGGCCUCCUUCUCACCGCCCUCCUCGUCGCCCUCGUCCAGCGCCGCCUCGCGCUCUCGCUGCAAGAGGCCAAGGUCGUCACCUUUCUCCGCCGCGACCGCUCGCGCCGUCUCGUUGCGCCGUCGGCAGCCGUCGUCAUCCAAAAGGCGUGGGCCUACUCGCGCGCCCGUCGCGCCGUCAAAGCGCGGCCCUCGUUCCGCGCCCGUCGCGCCGUGCGCACCGCGGAGCGCACCAUGUACGCUGCCCUCCGCACAUGGCGCAAGCUCAAGCACUCGCUCUCGUCCAUGAACACCAAGACCGAGGCCGACUACGCCGCCAUCUUUGAGGAGAUCUUCAUCGAGCUCCUCGACCUCCAUGCGGACGUCAACUAUCUGCUCGAGCGCCUCCGCCUCCGCUCCGGCAUAUCCUCCUCUGGCCUCGCCGCUACCCGCACCUCGUCUGUCCUCAACACCUCGUCCCCACUCGCCCCCACCAAGUCCGCCUCCAUGGCCGACCUCGUCCGCGCCACCGACGCCAAGCUCGCCGCCGACUCCCGCGCCCUUCGCCUCUCGUUCACAGGCUUGCCGUCCGGCCCCCGCCUCGUGGACGCCACAGAGGCCUACUCUGAGUCUGUCGACUCGUGCUCGGCUGACAACACCGGUGACGCAGACACAUCGGGCCUCUCCGGAAACAGCUCGUGCGAGCGCGCCUGUCCGCGCUCCCGCUCCCGCUCGCACUCGCACUCGCGCCGCUCGCGCGCGUCGCACUCUGCCUCGGCGCCCGGCAUCGGCGUCCCGGCAACGCCACGGACGGAGCCAGAGAUCACAACCGCGACUCUCACCGCCACCGCUGCCAACAACCUCGAGCGUGUCUCCACCAUCCGCGGCGCGUCCAUGCUCAACGCCUCGACAUCGUCCGCAGGCACCGAUCGCCAGCCGCCGCCCGGCCAGCCCUCGCUCCUCCACUGGGCCCAGCAGGACUACCCGCACGAAAAGUCGGCCGCCAUCUCGCGGCUUGAGUACGAGAUUGCGCGCCAGGGCGCCAUGCUUCGCUCCAUGUCCUUCCGCUCCUUCAAGUCGGCCGACAAGACUGGCUACAAGCGCCGCAAGCACCUCCUCCGUCGUCUCGAUCCCUCCUCGACUGCGGCCAUCAGCGCCCUUUCCCUCGACGACGACAGCUCGCCAUGCUCGAGCCCGCGCCCGCGCGCAAACUCGACAAGCUCGCGCCCCCGCGACCACUCGGUCUCCUUCCGCCUCCCGCACGAGUCCUACGCUGAUUCCGCCGCUGCCGCCAGCCGCACUGACGUCUCUGACCGCAUCGACGCCCUCACCGCUGCCACGUCCGCGCUCAUGGAAGAGGACUCGGCGGCACUCAACUCGCUCCAGCGCGAAGUUGCGUCGCUCGAGCUCAAGGUCGACGCCCAGUUCUCGUCCAUCAACGCCGCCCUCGCCAUCCUCCUCGAGCGCUCAGCUGGCCCGGCCACGGCGCCGCCGCCGUCCUCGCACCCCCUACGCGGCGUCUCCCACGCCACAGGCUCGCCCUACGCCGCAGGCUCGCGCCCGCGCGGCUCGCGCCCGCGCGCCCCCCGCGGACGCACCCAUCCCCGCAACCGGCCCCACCCACCGUCGGCCAUGCCCGAGCCGGCUCCCGGCCUUGACGGCCUGACGCCGAUCAUGCCGCCACUCCCAGGUCGCACACCCACUCAUCGCAAGCGGUAGAUAAACGCGUUUAGUAGCUAGCUAC